AUGGUCAAGCGCAAGAGAGAAGAAACGGCAAAAGACCGUCAGAGCCUCAAGCAGGCAACUAAGGUCGCCAAGUCAACCACCAGCCAAGAGACUCCUGCGGCCACCGCUACCGACUUCCCGGCGAUCACUCUGCAGAUUGUCACCGGCUCAUACGAACGGGUGUUGCAUGGCUUCACUGCUGCUGUUUCUCCCGAAGCCUUUGUGAAACCCACCGAUACUGCCUCUGAAACCUCUAACGACUCUGAAUUGGUCCAAUUUGUGGACAACUUUCUCUUCGAGGCUCACGCCUCCGCAAUUCGAUGCCUCGCACUGUCCCCGUUGCCCAAGGCAGAUUCCAACGAAGCCCCCCAAGUGAUCCUGGCGACUGGCGCUACUGAUGAGCGUGUCAACCUCUACUCAUUAUCUGCUGCUCCGGUGGCUGUCAAUGAAGAUUAUCCAACUGUUCCGACUCUUGCCGGUAACAAAAUUCUCGAAAAUCCCAAGAACCGCGAAUUGGGUUCAUUGAUGCAUCACUCUGCUCCUAUCUCAGCCCUUUGCUUCCCCUCACGCUCAAAGAUCUUGGUCGCAGCCGAAGAUAACACCAUCUCCGUCACCAAAACUCGUGACUUUACCGUCGUUUCGACCAUCAAAGCUCCGCACCCUAAAGUGCAGGGCCGCCCAAGCGGUGACACAGCUCCUCCCGGUGGCUCUCCUUCUGGAAUCAACGACUUCGCCGUGCAUCCUAGUAUGAAGCUUAUGCUAAGUGUUGGCAAGGGAGAGAAAUGCAUGAGGUUGUGGAACUUAGUAACUGGCAAGAAAGCUGGAGUCUUGAGCUUCAACCGGGAGAUUCUACAAAGCGUCAAGGAAGGCAAAUACAGCACCGGUGAAGGAAGGCGAAUUGUCUGGAACUCCAAGGGAGACGAAUUUGCUGUGGCCUUCGAAUGGGGCGCAGUCGUCUUUGGCAUCGACUCGACUCCCAUCUGCAGAGUGUUCCCCAACCCUCGCAGUAAGAUUCACCAGAUGACAUACGUCAGCUCCGACCCCUCUUCCGAGGAUAGUGAUGAACUGCUUGCUGUCUCGACUGAAGACGGCAGAGUCAUCUUUUAUUCCACCAAACAAGUCGAGAGCGCACCGGAGGGGAAUGAGUCUCCUAUUCCAUUUGCUAAGGUCAUCGCCCAGCUCGGCGGUAGGGCACAUGGAUUUCCCGGCAGAGUCAAGGACUUCGAGGUCCUCAGCCUGAAGGAUCAGCCAGGGCCCAACAAGGGCGACUACUUGGUUGUUACCGCCAAUAGCGAAGGCCUGAUCCGCGUAUGGCUGCUGCGUGGCAAUGAACUAGUAGCAAAGAAGAAGAAGGGCGACAAGAAGAAGAAUUCCGAUUCUAAAGAUGAGAAGGCUUCUGAAGUUAACCAGGUUGGCCGACUGUUGAACACUUACGCUACGGGGAACCGGGUCACUUGCUUGAAAGCAUUCGUGAUGUUGACGGCGGAGGACUCGUCCGACCUCGAGUUUGAUGACGAGGAAUCCGAGGAUGCUGAAGAAGUUAGCGAGGAGGAAUCUGAUAGCGAAGCCAGCGAUGAUGAGUAG